AUGGGCCCUCCAAUGCAGAAGGCUGCUCUCCCCUGCCUGAGUCUCAUCCUGCUUAUCUGGAGCCAGGGUCCGGGGGUCCAAGGCCAAGGAUUCCAAUUUGGGCCCUGCCGAGUGGAGGGGGUCGUUCUACAGGAACUGUGGCAGGCCUUCUGGGCCAUGAAGGACAUUGUGCAAGCUCAGGAUAACAUCAUGAAUGUCCGGCUGCUGCGGAGGGAGGUCCUGCAGAACGUCUCGGACGCUGAAAGCUGUUACCUCGUCCGUGCUCUGCUGAACUUCUACUUGAAUACCGUCUUCAAAAACUACCAUAAGAAGGCAACUGAGCUCAGGAUCCUGAAGUCAUUCUCUACUCUGGCCAACAAUUUUAUUGUCAUCCUGUCAAAACUACAACCCAGCCAGGAAAAUGAGAUGUUUUCCAUCCGUGAGAGUGCACGCAGGAGGUUUCUGCUGUUCCAGAGAGCAUUUAAAAAGCUGGACAAAGAAGCAGCUCAGAUCAAAGCCUUUGGAGAAGUGGACUUUCUCCUGACCUGGAUGCAGAGAUUCUACCAGCUCUGA